GUUUCUCGCGUGGAAAGAAAGGAAUACAGUGAUCCAGGUGGUCGUGGUGGACAGGUCGUGGUUUUCUUCAGGGGAGCCUGUGCAUAAGUUUUCACUGAAAGUUUUAAUCUAGGAACUUGAAUCACUCACAAGACGUUACAUUGACAGGUGAGAUGGCAAACCAGGAUAAUAAUUCAGGUCGUAAGGCCUCAUGUGGUUUGGACUUCGUUUCGGUGCUAGAUAUUCGUCAAUGUUUGGCAUACUCAGCAGAAAACAAAUAUGACUUUACCAUGAUGCCUAUAGUUCAUCCCCGCUAUAAGCGAGAAUUUCUGUCUGGCAAAGGAAAGAACCGACAAGGCCCCUUGACUCGGUCUGAUUUAUUGCUACAAAGUUCUGAUUGGACGAAUAUGAUUGUUGGCAAAAUGUCCUCUUACAUUGAUGUUGACAGUGAGGACAGCACAUAUCGACGUCAAAGUGAGGAACUACUUGCUCAGGAGAUGACAUAUGCCUCUCAUCUUAAUUUAUGUGCUGUUACUUUGCAGCUAACAUCUAUUAAUAAUGUAAACUUAGCACGCAUACUGUAUUCCAAAAUUGUUAAUCCUUACAGCUAUCAGAUUUGGCUAAGAGUUCCUAUGGAAAGUCCUUUUGUUCAAUCUUUAGAAUAUCGUAAGGACAUUCCCAACAAAGAGGAUUUGGUGAAAGAAAAAGAAAACAAUCCAUGGGAGUGGUGGAAUGUAUUUAGAUCUGUCUGCAAUUACAAUAGGCGCUUAGGUGUUGCGCUAGAAGUUUCUGCUGAUCUUCCAUCAACUGAGGAAAUUGAUCGUUGGCUGGGUGAACCUGUACGUUGUCUUAUUCUGCCAACAUCUCUCUUUUUGACCAAUAAGAAGGGUUACCCAGUCCUUUCUCGAGCACACCAAACACUGUUGCGCAAAUUUGUACCUCUUGGAGUCCAAUUAGUUGUCACUGGUUCUGUCAUGCAUGGUUCAGUUCAGUAUUACCAGCAAUAUAUUGAACAUCUUUGGCAGAAUGUAAGAUUAAGUGACCCUCUUGUUGGGUUUGCACGUGGGUAUGAAGAUUUCCUUCAAUGCCCUCUACAGCCUCUGAUGGAUAAUCUUGAAUCACACACUUAUGAAGUGUUUGAAAAAGACCCUGUGAAGUACACAGAAUACCAAAAUGCUAUGUUGAAAGCCAUUGUAGAUCGUGUACCGGAAGACCAAGCUGCUGAUAAAACUUUAACAGUAAUGGUGGUUGGUGCAGGAAGAGGUCCCUUAGUGAGAGCUUUACUUAAUGCAGCUGACAAAGCCCAGCGCAAAGUGAAUGUUUAUGCAGUUGAGAAGAAUCCAAAUGCCAUUGUUACGCUGUUAUCUCAGAAAGAGGAAACAUGGCAUGAAAGAGUUACAGUUGUCUCCUGUGAUAUGAGGCACUGGGAAGCCCCAGAAAAGGCAGACAUUAUUAUAUCUGAACUUUUGGGAUCUUUUGGUGACAAUGAGCUCUCUCCAGAGUGCUUAGAUGGUGCCCAAAAAUUCCUUCGUGAUGAUGGUAUCAGUAUUCCCUCCCAGUACACCUCAUUUUUGUGUCCAAUUCAAUCUUCUAAGCUUUACAAUGAGGUGCGAUUGAGUAAAGAACAAGACAAGCACCCCUUGAAGCAUUUUGAAACCCCUUAUGUAGUGCACCAACAGAACAGAUUAGAACUGUCAGAUACUCAACCUUUAUUCCAAUUCGAUCAUCCUAAUAAAGAUGUUCCAAUUGAUAAUACUCGUUUUAAAAAGUUACAAUUCAAGAUAAGACAAAAUGGUGUCUUGCAUGGUUUUGCUGGUUAUUUUGAAACUGUGCUCUAUAAGGAUGUAAUGCUGAGCAUCAACCCUGCCACUCACUCCCCUGGCAUGUUCAGCUGGUUUCCCAUUUUCUUUCCUGUCAGAGAGCCAAUACAUGUCAAAGAAGGCGAUAUUCUGGAAGUCAACUUUUGGCGUGUCAAUAACUCUAAAAAUGUCUGGUAUGAAUGGUGCAUCUCCAAACCCUGGCCUGGCCCUAUUCACAAUCCCAAUGGUCGAUCUUAUACCAUAGGCCUCUAAUUACAAGGUAACACCCAAAGAUUUGUGUCAAAUUUUUUAAACCUAUAACUAAUGUCCCUCAGUUUUCAGCAGUUUCAAAUUUGUCAUUCCAUUCCAUCCUUGUGUGCAAUCAUGUUGCACUGAAUAUUGUUAAUCAUUUUUUAUUGUGUCAUAGAAAGGAGUUAAUCCACUCCAUUGUCAUAGUUACGUCCUAAGUAAGGGAGAAUUUUUAUUUAAGUGUGAUAAGUCUAUAAAUUUUAUAAUUAAUUUGGCUCUUGGGAGGCCCUUAAAACCGUUCUCUUAUUGAGCUCCCUAUUAAAAGUCAGAGGCGACCCAUCAUUGUCAUAUGGCCGCUAGUUUUGGUGAGGCAAUCUUUUCAGUAUUUGUCUGCUGUUUCAAUGUAGCCGGGUCGCACCUGACGAGCGGCAUUGGAUGCGACUAUGGAAAAUAAAUCAUUCCACAUCUGUA